AUGACUCUCCAACCCUCAUUUGUCAUGGCUCUCUUUGUAUCUCUAUUCAUAAUUUUCUUGUUCCCUUCGAGUAAUUGUGCUCAGGGUCCACCUUCUCCUGGCUACUACCCCAGUUCAAGAAUUGGCUCAAUGGGGUUCAACCAAGGAUUUAGGAAUCUUUGGGGUCCUCAGCAUCAACGUAUAGACCAGGGAACGCUCGAUCUUUGGCUUGACAGAAACUCGGGAAGUGGUUUCAAAUCGCUUAGUCCCUAUUCAUCUGGUUACUUCGGGGCCGCAAUCAAGCUCCAUCCCGGUUAUACUGCCGGAGUUAUUACCUCUUUCUAUCUUUCAAAUAGUGAAGAUCAUCCAGGGAACCAUGACGAAAUUGACAUUGAAUUCCUUGGAACAACACAGAAUAAACCUUAUACUUUGCAAACAAAUGUGUAUAUCAGAGGAAGUGGAGAUGGAAAUAUUAUAGGUAGAGAGAUGAAAUUUCGCCUUUGGUUCGACCCAACAAGAAAUUUCCACAACUAUGCCAUACUGUGGAACCCUAGUGAGAUCAUAUUUUUUGUAGAUGAUGUGCCCAUUAGAAGGUAUCCGAGGAAGAGUGAUGCCACAUUCCCAUUAAGGCCUAUGUAUGUUUAUGGAUCGAUAUGGGAUGCCUCGUCUUGGGCCACUGAAAAUGGAAAAUAUAAAGUAGAUUAUCAAUAUCAACCAUUUGUUGGAAGAUACAAUAAUUUUAAGAUAGCUGGUUGUAAAGCCAAUAGUGCAGCCUUGUGUCGUCCAUCAACCGGUUCACCAUAUGGCUCUAGUGGGCUGAGCCGCCAGCAGUACGACGCCAUGGGGUGGGUGCAGAGAAAUUACAAGAUUUAUGACUAUUGCCAGGAUUCAAAGAGAGACCACAGACUCACACCUGAGUGUUAG